UUCACUUGUCACUUUGUGUUUCAUUGGAAGUCACUCCAAAUUUGAUGCUGUGAAGGGCUCAGAUUAAGCUCGCGAAUUCGGUUGAUACAUCGAAUUAACGAAUUCUGGCAUAAAGUGAUUAAAACAUUAAUGCUGGCAGCUUUUAAAUUCACCACACCAUCAGAAGCCUCAUUAGUUUAUUACCACACCAAUGCCUAAACGUGUGGCAAUCAUUGGAGCCGGCUGUAGUGGACUGGUUGCCAUCAAAUGUUGCCUAGAAGCAGAGCUGGAACCCGUGUGCUUCGAAUCUUCAGCAGACGUGGGAGGACUUUGGCGCUUUACCGAGGAGGUGAAGGACGUCAGAGGUUGCGUCAUGGAGUCCACCGUUAUCAACACCAGCAAGGAGAUGAUGUCAUUCAGUGAUUUCCCGGCCCCAAGGGAUUUCCCAAACUUUAUGCACCAUUCUAAGGUGCUUGAGUAUUUCGAACGCUAUGCUGACAGAUUUGAUUUACUAAAGUUUAUCAAGUUUAACCAUGAAGUCAUCUCGGUUACCCAACAUCCCUCUCAGGACCGUGCCAGCCAGCAGGAUAGUUGCAGUGUGGGGAAAGACACUGCCGAAGAAGCUGACAGCCCUAUCAAAGAAUCACGCAAUGAGAGGGACACACCGAGAACCUGGAAACUCACUGUGUCGGACUCACUAACCAAACUGACCAGCGACCAUUCUUUUGAUUUUGUUUUGAUAUGUACUGGUCAUCACGCUGAACCAAAUGUACCUUACUUCCCAGGUCAGGGCAUAUUCGAAGGUAAAAUUAUUCACUCGCGUGAUUUCAGGAAAGCUAGUGACGUCACUGGCUCACGCCAUCUGGUGGUUGGAAUUGGAAAUUCAGGAUGUGACAUUGCAGUGGAACUCAGUCGCCGUGGGCAGGUUUUCCUAAGUUCACGUCGAGGUACCUGGCUCAUGCAGCGGCUGCAGCACCGCGGACUCCCCGCGGACGUCUCCUUCAUGUCCAGACUGGUCUUCUCUACUGCCCUGAGUUUGCCGUACUGGCUUCUGGACUAUCUGGCCGCUUGGUCACUCAACAAGCAGAUAGAUCAUAAAUUAUAUGGCUUGUGCCCCCAGCAUGGACCAUUCGCCACCCACCCCACAGUCAAUGACGAGCUACCCAAUAGGAUAGCCGCUGGCCAAGUCAUCAUCAAACCAAACAUCGAUUCCUUCACUUCCAACGGGGUUCGAUUUGAUGACGGCUCAACAGAAGACGAUCUCAACUCUGUUAUACUUGCCACUGGAUACAGAGUCUGUUUCCCGUUCCUAGAUCGUUCAGUUCUGAAAGUGAAAGGCAAUCACAUUGACCUCUACAAGUACAUGUUCCCGCCAAGUUUGUGUCCUCCUACCUUGGCUGUGAUAGGUUGCGUACAACCCACUGGCGCUCUGGCUCCUAUCUCAGAGAUGCAGUGUAGACUGGCAGUAAAAGUCUUCAAGGGUGAAGUCACGUUGCCAAACCAGAAGGCCAUGCUGCUAGAGAUUGAGAGCAAAAGACGGUCCAUGGCGAAAAGAUACGUCAAAUCUCAGCGUCACACAUUCCAAGUGGAUUACAUCCCUUACAUGGAUGAAUUAGCUCGUUUGAUUGGCUGUCUCCCGCGAUGGGGUCGUUUGUUUCUUUCUGAUCCGCGGCUGGCUUUAACUUGUGUGUUUGGGCCAUGCACAGCGUACCAGUACCGGCUGUACGGACCGAACAGCUGGCCAGGAGCCAGAGAGGCUAUCCUUCACCAAAUGGAGAGAGUCCGGUGGCCGUUCAAUCCAAGACACGGAGACCAGCAACAAGAGACAGAUGUCAACGUCAUCAUUCUGAGUCUCCUACUUCUGUCAUUGGCCUGUUGUCUCCUCUUCGUGUUUGUUCCCUAAUAAAAGUACCCUAAGCCUGCAGCGUGAACACAGCGAAUUCAUUGGUUAGGUCUAGCUGCUAUAAGUAGGUCAAUGUUAUAAAUAGAUCAAAGACGGCGACAAUAAUUGGUAUUUAAAUAAAAACGUAGCCAAAUCAUAAGAUGUAUAAUAACAUUAAAUUAGAACUAUGUUCUGUAACAUAAAAAAUACUUUAAACAAAAAUAUACAUACUAUAGUGCAAUUAUUUUGUACGUAAUUAAUGAAUGUUAGAUUUAAAAAAAAAAGGAUUUUUAACCCCGAUCAAUUCUCUCCCCCACCCCCCACCCCUGGGAGAACAAAUCCUGGUUAAUCGAAUGUGUAGAUCUACUACAAGUAGUGUUUGUUGUAAAUAUUCUACUGAUAUGCCUUUCAAUUUCAAGUUAGAAGACGAUGCGCAAAUAUGUUAGUGAACAUUUAUUUUUUAUUGAACUCUUGAAUAGUACCGGUAUAAGAAAAAAGUUUUUUUUUUUUUCAAAUAUUUUUCUUCUGUUUUAAUCAGUGUUAUAAUAAAUCUGUUUUAAUUGUGAAGGACGCUUUAAAAAAAAAUAAAUUUGUAACUGAUUUAUAAAUAUGUUAGUCUCGAUGAUUUCACUUCUGCUUCUAUCUCCAGACACUCACACACAAAUCUACACCAGAAAUGGUCUGGAAAUUUAAUGUGUUUAUUUAAAAAGUUUCCGGAAGUGUUCCUGUGUUUGUUGUUGCAUGCAAAUUUAUCAGGUCACCAAGGGUUAUUUUGUUUGUUUUUUAGCAGUUAAAGUUAAUCCCAGUAAUCUGCUCUUUGUUUACUUACUUAAAACCGACCGUGCAGUAAGUACAUUGCUUCUCACCUUGCUGAGGCUAUGAUCCGUGUACCCGUAUGCGGAGCGAACACAUAGGUGGAAAUCAACUGUCUCUUCUUGCUCAUCUGAACAGGUCCAUAUCCAGUGUUGAACAGUGUGCACCCUAAGUGCCUGUCCAGGGUCAGAGUUAUUACAAUAUGAAUCUAGAAUUACUACAAUGUAUUAACCACACAACAUGUACAGUCUUCUCAAAAUGUGAUUGUAAUGUAGUACAGGAACAUUACUCGAAUUAUUACUGAAAACAAAUGAUCAAUUUGGGAUGUUCACAUCAAGGCAAUUGAAAUGUGUCAUCAAACUUGUAACAUUUCUUUUCUUGGGUGUUUCUAAAGCUGGUAGUCACACAGACAAUUUUUUUUUCUCCUGCGUAAAUCCUAGGAAAAUAAGUUUAUUGUGAAGUCACUAACCAUUCCUACAACUGGGAGAAAAAAAAAUCACACUGGAUUUGGCAAGAAUUAACAAGAGGUCCUGGAACUCAGAGGGUGAACAAUCCAGAAAUAGGACAAAGGUUGAUCAGUUAAAAAGUAUGCCAUUUGAUAAACAUUUUCAAGUACAAAAAUCUACAGUAUUUUAGGGCUCCAUAUUUGUUCUAAUGAAACAUUCCACCAACCAAGUAUUGGUACAUUACUCUCCAUUGGAAUAUUGGGAAUAAACGUCGGAAAGCUUUGAAAAGUUGUUGACAUUGACAUAUGGCAGAAAAUUUGUAUAGAAGUUUAAGGUUGGGAUAUUAAUGCAUGAAACAUUUUGUUAAGAUCUUAAAUAAUUUGAACAUUAUUUCAAGCAUAUGUAACAAAAUGUAUUAUUAGAUUAAUGUUUUAAAUUUGUUUAUUAUUUUAUACAUCUUACUUGGUCAUAGAAAAUAUUGCUUUUUGUACAAUCACAAGUGACCAUUAAUUUGGUCAUUGCUUCAAC